UGAGAAGCCUCAGAUUACCUGCCAACUGGACACAUGCAACAGGUUAUACGAUUAUGCACGCAGAAGUGGGCAAGUAGGUUUUGACUGCCAACAUAUUCAGUCAUUGGUGUAUGGUCCUGUGGACUCUAAUUUACCAGUUGUCCUUGAUGAAGAGAUUCUAACAGAUAUGCUAAUCAACAAAUGGUUCAGCAAGAACACAGAGAGAGAGUGUUUAAGUAGGAAGCUGGCUGCUGAUGCGGAAGGUGCUCCAUUGAGCUUUGAAGUAAAUCUCAGGAAAGAACAAAAGCAGUACUUUUUUUCUGUUUUUGAACCACACAUCUCCUCAUAUUGUAGAUUUGGAAGGCUCAUGGUCCACUACAAUGGUAUCAAAAAUACAUGGCAUUGUCCUUGCACAAAGGCUCGAAAAUCCUGCCCACACAAAGCCAUAGCCAAGUGGCACCUACACCAGCUAGAACCUGCGAUUUUCACAAAACCGGAAAGCUGUCAUGAGGACCCUCCUGAGACAUUUUCAGUUGAGCCCCACCCUACAGUUAACACACAAACGGGUAACAUUUCCCUGUAUCCUCCAGAGGGGGAAGCACUGGUGGAAAUGGUGGACUACCUUAUUUCACACAAGGCCCUGCCAGCAAUCCUCCCAGGAGACCUGGCAUCAGUGAAGUCAUCAGAUUUCCCGAGGAACUUGGUCCCUCACGAGACCUAUUGCCACAAAUGUCCAGGCAAAGUUCCUCUUUCAGAACCGAUUGUCAUAUCAAACAAAGCCAAGAUUGUUUCAAUCACUGAAGUUGUGGAGGGUGUAACAACAUAUUGUAAAAAAUGUGCUGUAUGUGGCACAUUUUACCGCUAUCAGGAGUGGACAGAGGGCCUUCAUAAUUUCAAUGAUUGUGUCAUUUUGACGCAUCAUUUUUGUCUCUUUCUCCGGAAUUCUAUCCAGAACCAUACAGCUGUGGCAAGAGUGGUGGAGGCUUUGCAGAAGACAAACAAUCAAAAGUAUCCGGAACCUAAUUUGAUUCUGCAUGGCUACCUUCAUUUUGAAGCCCUGUCAUCUCACGAAUAUGAAUUCUCGUGUGUAAACUGUGGAGAUCAUCCCCCCGUUGUAAUCAUGGAUCUGCAUAAAAAGGGUGUAUUCAGCAUGCCAGUGUGUGACAUACCAGAACCGCCACCUGGAUUUGAUGGCCAUGUGGACGUCGAUGACUUCUGGCUCUCUGUUAGCCAAGAAAUUCUUUGUCGGGGCUUUGUGAAGAGUAAUGCUGCUAAUCCAUGUGUGAUCUCACCAUCCUACCACAAAUGGGCACCUUGGAUUGGACCACACACCAGGGCAAGCAACUCCUUAUUAAACACAGAGUACCAGAAGGGUCGAGGCAGCAAGCGGGUAAACGUUACAGACCAGGCCGAGAUGGAUAUAUGUGAGGACAGAUUGAUCAACGAAAUAAUGAACUUAAAGGUUGAUGCAGUGCGAAAACUGGUCAAAGAGUGUGGUCUUGAGUCAACAGGUUCCAAAAUGGAUCUUGUCAUCCGAUUGAAAGACCAGAUGAAAACCCGCAGUGCUUUUGAUAAGGUCUUUCAAAAAGUGUGGGAUCUGGGAGCCGGCGUGGAGAGCUGGGGCACUGGAGCAGGAGGCGAAGCUGGAGACGUAGGCCUGGGAGCUGGUGGCGGCAACCGUGACAGUCGAGCUGAUGGCGUCACUCGAGACGUGGACCGAGGAGCUGGUGUCGACCUCCGAGAUGUGAAGCGCAGAGCUGGCGGACGGAGUUCCGCCCUUGCCUUUCGAACAGUGGACUCUAACCCUAGGUCAACUGCUUCAGGAAAGGUGAGGUACUCAGUCCACAAAUUUACCAACCUGGUAGCGGUUGCCACCCGUACAAAGGGUGGAUAA